UUCAUAGUGGUUAAUAUUUUGUUACUACAGAUAUUUUCAUAUACACACACAUGAAUUCCAAAAUUAUAACUCGUCUACUUAGUUCAAUAAAGACUGUCAGUAAAAUAAAUUAUUUUCGGCAUUUAAAAGCCGCGCAUCGUAAGGCUUUCAGUGAUAAAUUUUUAUUGCUUACAAAUGUUGGCAUAUCAUUGUCCUUAAGCUCUACUGGUGAUAUCAUUGAGCAACAAUAUGAAUAUCUCUGUGGUGACAUUAAAUGUUAUAGCUUACAACGCACUUCCCACAUGGCAACAUCUGGUGUAACUGUUGGAGUUAUUUGUCAUUAUUGGUAUAAGUUCCUGGAUAAACGAAUGCCUGGUAGGACGUUGAAGGUUGUCAUGCAGAAAAUUGUACUCGAUCAAUUUAUAUGUUCACCUGUAUAUAUAUCAGCAUUCUUUAUAACCCUUGGCAUACUCGAAAGAAAGUCAAGUAAAGAGGUGUGGGAAGAAAUGAAACAAAAAGCUUGGAAAUUAUAUACAGCAGAAUGGAUUGUAUGGCCAGUUGCACAAUUUGUAAAUUUUUAUUGGUUACCUCUAAAAUAUCGCGUUUUUUAUGAUAAUGUAAUAAGUUUGGGCUAUGAUGUUUACACUUCCCAAGUAAAACACAAUGAUUAACUUCUAUAUAUUGUAUAUUGUGUUGUAUACAACUGUAAUUAACUAUAUAUUGACACAAAUUUAAAAAUCAUAUAUAUGAGUCUAUAUGUAUAUGCAUAAAAUUAUGUAGUAGUGACUAAAUUGUGAUAUAUGAUAAUAAGCAAAUUUUUUUCAUACAUA